AUGAUCUCCAAAGACAUUGGUCGCCUGAUCGUGCUAUCAGCAUUUGUAGCACUCUGUGCUAUUGUGUUCUUUCCCUCUGAAGCAGAGGGAAGCGGUUAUGGAGGUGUUACCCAAUAUCGAGGGGGUGUGAAACGGCGUUAUCCAUUUGGUAAAUUCCACCCUGGAUUUCCAUUUAAGCGUGGAUUCCCAGGAAAAUACAGAGGAAGAGGAAAACUCAGGAAGGGAAGACGAGGAUAUAAGUUCGGAAAGAAAUUCGGAAAGCGCCGAGGAUUAAAGAGAGGUAGGGGAUACGGAAGACGAAGGGGGCUCAAGAAAGGAAGGGGAAGGAAAUAUAAGUUUGGAAGGAGAGGAAAGGGGUACGGAAGACGCCGAGGAUUGAGGAAAUAUAGGAAAGGAAGAGGAAAGAAAAGAAUUGGAAGGAGAUACGGAAAGGGCAGAGGAAGAGGCAAGGGACGAAGACGAGGGAGAAAAUACAGUGGCGGAUAUGGACCACGUAAGCGUGUUGGAGGAAAGAGACGCAGGGGACGAGGAAAAUACAGGAAAGGUUACCCCAAAAAGAAGAACCCCGACAACUCAGAGGGGCGUGGAUAUGGAAGUGUUUCCCAGUAUCGAGGCGAUGUAAAACGGCGUUAUCCUUUUGGCAAAUUCCACCCUGGAUUUCCAUUUAAGCGUGGAUUCCCAGGAAAAUACAGAGGAAGAGGAAAACUCAGGAAAGGAAGAGGAGGAUACAAGUUUGGAAAGAGAUUCGGAAAGCGCCGAGGAUUGAAGAGGGGUAGGGGAUACGGAAGACGAAGGGGGCUCAAGAAAGGAAGGGGAAGGAAAUAUAAGUUUGGAAGGAGAGGAAAGGGGUACGGAAGACGCCGAGGAUUGAGGAAAUAUAGGAAAGGAAGAGGAAAGAAAAGAAUUGGAAGGAGAUACGGAAAGGGCAGAGGAAGAGGUAAGGGACGAAGACGAGGAAGAAAAUACAGAGGAGGUUACGGACCACGUAAGCGUGUUGGAGGAAAGAGACGCAGGGGACGAGGAAAAUACAGGAAAGGUUACCCCAAGAAGAAGAAUCCCGACAACUUUUGCAAGAAAAAUCAUCGAGUCCCAGCAAUGAUCUCCAAAGACAUUGGUCGCCUGAUCGUGCUAUCAGCAUUUGUAGCACUUUGUGCUAUUGUGCUCUUUCCCUCUAAAGCAGAGGGGCGCGGAUACGGAAGUCGUGGAUUCCCAGGAAAAUACAGAGGAAGAGGAAAACUCAGGAAAGGAAGAGGAGGAUACAAGUUUGGAAAGAGAUUCGGAAAGCGCCGAGGAUUGAAGAGAGGUAGGGGAUACGGAAGACGAAGGGGGCUCAAGAAAGGAAGGGGAAGGAAAUAUAAGUUUGGAAAAAGGGGAGGAAAGGGGUAUGGUAGACGCCGGGGAUUGAGGAAAUAUAGAAAAGGAAGAGGAAAGAAAAGAGUUGGAAGGAGAUACGGAAAGGGCAGAGGAAGAGGCAAGGGACGAAGACGAGGAAGGAAAUACAGAUAUGGACCACGUAAGCGUGUUGGAGGAAAGAGACGCAGGGGACGAGGACAAUACAGGAAAGGUUACUCCAAAAAGAAAAACCCCGACAACUGUUAA